AUGUCGGUGCCACCAGAUGUGAAAGAGAAGGUCGAAGGUCUUCUCAGUACAGGAUGCACUCUGGGUGUGAACACCAGGUUGAACAUGAUCUUGGAGAUUCUGAAGGGCUAUGGACUGGUGUAUAGCACCACCAUUGUACCAAGGGAUGUCAUGGUGCAUCCAUGCAAUAGAGGAUCAUCAAUGAUCAACCAUCACGAUGCCCACCAGAAAGGCAGUGCAAUUUUACAAGCUGGAGUGAAAAGUGAUUUGUUGACUGCAAACAGCCUCUGUGUGGAACUGUCCACACUGCCUCAUGUUCGCUCACAGCAAAUUGAAGCCAACAAAAAGAUGGUCGCUUCAGCUGACAAUAUGCUGUCUCCUUUGCAUGGUACUGAGCGCUUUCUGAGCAUUGCUUCAAGCCAUUUCACACAGUGGCUCAGAGCUGUUGAGUAUGGAGCUUCCAACCCUGAAGGCAGGAAACUGACUGUCACAGCUUCUUUGAAGCCUUUGUUGGAGGAAGGGUGGCAGUGGUUGGUAAUCAAGGCUGAAGCAGAGCAGAUCUUUCCAACUCUGGCAUCAUUUGGAUCCAUGUCGAUGAAUGCCCAGAACACCAAUGCUCUGGCUGCAAGUGAGCUUGAAUGCAUGAUGCAGUUGAGCAGCCUUUACAAGUCAGGGAUGCAAAUGUCUGCAGCAAUCAGUGCUGUGGAGCAAUCUGCACCUGCAUGCAUGGCUUACCUCCAGGAUGUAGCAUUGUUUGUCAGGCUCUACGCUGGAGGAGAUGCUUUUCCACUUUUGAAGUGGCUGGAUUCAUUUUGCAAGGCAGAAGGUCGCAGCCUGCUGGCUGGAGAAGAAUGCAUGAACCUUCUUGCGCAUACUGACUUCAAGCUUGCAAGCGCCUGCUGCAUGUUCCUCAGGAUUGCCAUUCUGGCAACUGUACUCACCAGUCCCAAGUCCAUGAGUGGAAUUUCCAAGCUCAUCUACCCCAGUGACUUCCAGAAGCUCAAGAGUCACAAGAAGCUCUCAGACAUUGAGACAAUGCUUAGUGAUGCUUGGAAGGCAUGCGAAGGGCUUCUACCACAGGUUUCUGCAUCCCAAGCCUUUGGGAACUUUUGCAGGCGCAUGAUUUUGCUAGCAGUCAUGAAGCAAAAGAAGGAUUCCUUUGAGUCCUUUGAAGAAGUGGUCCAGCAAUUUCAAGAUGAUCUCAAAGGUGAUUCAGCUUCCACUGCAGCUAGCACUGAGCAAAAAAAAGAUGUUAAAGUACAUGAUCUGAUCAAUUGCUCCAAUGCAGACAUUGCAAAGUUGCAGAACUCCCAGAUUGAGGUUGGCAAGAUGUUCUUUCAUAAAGAACAUGGCUCAGACAAACUCUUUCGCUUGGAGAGCCUCAAGGAUGAUUGCGCUACUUUUGUCCAUACUCCUCUGUUUGGUGAUCCAGAGGAAGUACAGGAAUCCUAUGAGAGCUUGAAGAACUGGAAACAUACAAAGAAGCAAGGGACUUCUAUGUGCCCUGCAGCCUUGGCAGCCCUGAAGCUCCCUCACACUUCAACCAUUGUGUUGGAUGAGUUCUCCAGGCUGCAGGUCAACAGCUUCCUUUUAGAUGCAUAUAUGAAUUCCAAAAAACCAAAUGAAGAGAUGCUGGGAUUCACCAUGUGCCCAGCAGGGGUGGUGACCUUGAAGAAAUUCAAAAAGAAAGAGCUUCAGCUUUAUCCUGUGGGCUUUUGCAACAAGCCCAAAGACUCAGCAAAGGAGAAGGAGCGCUUUUGUGUGAAGUUCAAUGAGGUAAAGUAUGACCUCCUUCCCUUCAAGACCUUUUCCAACUUCGACAAACCCAAAGAUCCUGGAGUACUUUGUCCCUUUUGGCUUGUGGGAACCACUGAGGAUGAGAAUGAGGCCAACAUGAGCUUGGCUUACAUUGAGUACAAGGGUGCAACCAUCCCCAUUCUGGAGAACAAGGAUGUGAUUGGUCCAAAUACAUGGCUGACAAGGCCUUCAGAUGUGCUCAAAGCAGAGCUCCCUGCAAAGAAGCGGAGGAAGGCAUAG